AACAUUCAUCUUUGGAUCUUGCUAAGCUUGUAGCAAGGAAAGUCCACAACAGUGAGUUAUCAUUCUUUCCUUCGUGGCUUCUACGAUUUUGCAUUUAAUUUCGUGGAUAAACACGAAAGACAAAAUCAAAAUCACUAAACAAAAUCAAUUAAACUAAUCUUCCAAUCAUAUUCAAAUACGUAUUUGAGUAAUUAUUACUUUCUUUAGAAGUAAAACCACGCUACCCUAACCUCAAACCUCUGCACAUAUAUAUAGUCCCACCAUUUGUUCCUGCUUUUUUCUCACGCUUUUACUUAAAAUUCCUUUUUCCUUUUCUGUUUACUUCUCUGGGUCAUAAUUUUUUUUGAGAUUUUUGUUUAAGCUUUGUGGGGGGAGGGGGGUUGCCCUUUUAACUAUGGCUUCAACGUUGUUACUGGCUCUGGUUUUUGUGAUUGAUCUUAUUGCUUUUGGACUUGCUGUUGCUGCUGAGCAAAGGAGAAGCACCGCCACUGUUCACAAUAAUGGGAACGAAAGUUUUUGUGUUUAUGAUAAGGAUAUUGCAACUGGCUUAGGUGUAGGUUCAUUCCUUUUCCUUCUAGUCGGUCAGAUACUAAUCAUGGUGGCUAGCCGAUGCUUAUGCUGUGGUAAAGCCAUGAAACCGAGUGGCUCUAGAGCAUGGGCAGUUGUACUCUUCAUCACUUGCUGGGUGUUCUUUCUCAUCGCGGAGGUAUGCUUGCUAGCAGGGUCGGUCCGUAACGCAUACCACACCAAAUACAAGAAUCUCUUGGAUAAUCCUCCAUCAUGUGCAACGUUGAGAAAAGGUGUGUUUGGCGCCGGGGCUGCAUUCGUUUUCUUAACGGCCGUAGUUUCCGAGCUUUACUAUGUUAGCUACUCGAAAGCAGCUAGGGAUGAGAAGCCUAACAACUAUGCUAGGGACACUGGAGUGAGAAUGGGAAACCUAUAAGAUGAGUAUAUAUCUGUGGUCAUUGAUGAUCAUAUGAAGUAUUCUUAUGUAGUAAUUCAUUGUUAAUUUGACCUUGGUGUGUUUUUGGUGUAGAAAAACUUAGAUGAUAACAUCUGUGAUUGACUAUACAUUGUAUCUUUGACCA